AUGAUCCGGAGAUGCACUCCCGAGAUAGAUGAAUCUUCUAUUUUGCAGGCAUGUCAUGCUUCACCGUAUGAAGGACAUUUUGGAGGUGUAAGGACAAUGAUUAAAGUGUUGGAGUCAGGUUUUUAUUGGCCGACGUUGUUUAAAGAUGCACACUUUUGGGUGAAAAGUUUUUAUGAGUGCCAAUGGACGGGGAAUGUUUCCCCUCGACAUAAGAUUCCUAUGAACCCAAUUCAAGAGGUAGAAGUAUUCGAUGUAUGGGGAAUCGACUUUAUGGGAUCAUUUGUCAGCUCAUAUAAUAAUAAGUACAUACGUGUAGCAGUGGACUAUGUCUCCAAAUGGGUAGAAUCCAUGGCACUUCCAACAAAUGAUGCGGAGGCAGUUAUUGGUUUCCUAAGAAAGAACAUCUUCACCCGUUUUGGCACUCUAAAAACUAUGAUCAGUGAUGGGGGCACCGACUUCUGCAAUCGAGCCUUUGCAAAGUUGUUGGAAAAAUAUGGCGUUCCCUAUAAAGCUGCUACUCCAUAUCACCCACAAACAAGUGGGCAAGUCAAGGUGUCAAACAGAGAAAUCAAGAGUGUUUUGACCAAAACUGUAAAUGUUACACGGAUUGAUUGGGCGAGAAAAUUGGAUGAUGUGCUAUGGGCUUACCGCACUGCAUUCAAAACUCUUAUUGGUAUGUCACCAUAUAAAUUGGUGUUUGGAAAGGCAUGUCACUUGCCGGUGGAGCUAGAGCAUAAAACCUUCUGGGCGUUACGACAAUUAAAUCUGGACUUGGAGGCUGCUGGAACUAGUAGAGUCAUAGAACUGCAUGAACUUGAUGAGUUCCGGUACCAUGCUUUUGAGAGUACAAGGUUAUAUAAGGAAAGAAUGAAACUGGUGCAUGACAAAAAUAUUCUUGAGCAAAAUUUUAAGCCCGGGGACGUGGUAUUAUUAUUCAAUUCGAGAUUGAGGUUGUUUCCGGGAAAAUUGAAGUCAAGAUGGCCAGGACCAAUUCGUGUGCUAGAGAUUCAUCCCACCGGGGCCUUAGAGAUUGCUUUAAAAGAUGGAUCUCGUACGAAUAUGCCUCCAAGAAAGGACAUCGAUAAAGGAAAGGUCACAUUUACUGCUCCAUCUAAGGCUAAGGCUCCAUCUGCACCCUCACCGAAGAAGAGAAAGGGGGAAGCUACUUCCAGUCAAGGUGAAGGACUGCGAGUAGUGCAGCUAUUGCAGCCACCCGUCCACAACCUCAGGGACAAUAGGAAUUUGGAAUCAAGAUCAUACCCCCACAUGUGA